GACUGGCCUGGCUUGGAGUUGAGGACGGGCCGGAGCUUUGCCGCGGGCCCCGCUUGGCGGAUCCGGGGCGGAGCGGAACCCGCGGAGCUCCGAGUGCGGGCGGGGCCGAGCCGGGCCGGGGCGGGACCCAGCCAGGUUGGGGCGGGACUGAGCCAGGGUGGGGCGGGGCCGAGGCCGAGGCAGGCGGUCGGCAGUGCUGGGGGUUCAGGUGUUGCGGCCGCUCCACGUAGCCAGGCGGCCCGCCGGCUGGAGCGGGGGGAGCUCGGCCCGCGGCUUGCGUGAGCUCAGGCCGGUCCCAGCGUCCAGAGCGCCGGCCCUUCGGCUCCCUCUAGGCCAUGGCGGGGCCGGGCCCGGGCCCGGGGGACCCGGACGAGCAGUACGAUUUCCUGUUCAAGCUGGUGCUGGUGGGCGACGCAAGCGUGGGCAAGACGUGCGUGGUGCAGCGCUUCAAGACCGGCGCCUUCUCGGAGCGCCAGGGAAGCACCAUCGGCGUCGACUUCACCAUGAAGACGCUGGAGAUCCAGGGCAAGCGGGUCAAGCUGCAGAUCUGGGACACGGCUGGCCAGGAGCGGUUCCGCACCAUCACCCAGAGCUACUACCGCAGUGCCAAUGGGGCCAUCCUCGCCUACGACAUCACCAAGAGGAGCUCCUUCCUGUCAGUGCCUCACUGGAUUGAGGAUGUGAGGAAGUACGCGGGCUCCAACAUUGUGCAGCUGCUGAUUGGGAACAAGUCAGACCUCAGCGAGCUUCGGGAGGUCUCCCUGGCCGAGGCACAGAGCCUGGCUGAGCACUAUGACAUCCUGUGUGCCAUUGAGACAUCUGCCAAGGACUCGAGCAACGUGGAGGAGGCCUUCCUGAGGGUGGCCACGGAGCUCAUCAUGCGGCAUGGGGGCCCACUGUUCAGCGAGAAGAGCCCCGACCACAUCCAGCUGAACAGCAAGGACAUUGGAGAAGGCUGGGGCUGCGGGUGCUGACCGGGGGCCGGGCCGGCAAGCUGGGGGCUCCCCACCUCCUUGCUCUCCCCGGCCUGCCAAGCCCAGCCCUCCAGAGCCAGCCCCCCUGGGCACCGGUGACUAGAGCAGCCGGGUGAAGUUCUGGAGCUCUGCAUCCUGCGGUCUGGCUGCAGGAUGGAGGCUCUCCUUGAGGAAGGGGAAGCAGGAUACCCUCACGGGCCACCCUGCCAGCCAGCAGCUGGCCCUCCACAAUCUUCACAUUCCAGGACUGGCCUGAACCCGCCAGUGUGGGCCACAGUAGGAGGGGCUGGUGGUCCUCCCUGUCCCACGCCUGGUGGCUCUGACUGUUUCCUCUCAUGGGUUUGCUUAACCUGUGGCAGCAGGUUGCUGCUUUCCAGGGAUGUGCCCAGUGCCCUGGGUUCUUCUGGUCAUCCUGGGGCUCUGCACAGAGCAGCAGAGCAAGAGCCAUGAGACCCACAGACUCAGUGCCUGAGCGCAGCUCCAGAGAAGCCCCAGCCCCUUCCAGGUGGGGAACCUGCUUCCUGCCUUCACUGCCCCCCGCAGCACUCACAGACGUCUCCCUGGGGCCUGGCUCACUGCCUCAUCAGGACCUCUGAGUUUUCUGGCUCUCCGUGUAGCUUCUCAUUUUCAUCGGCACAGCAUGGGGUCACGGCCCACAGCUAGGUGGGGACUGUCUGCUGGCUCGGGUCCCAGUGUUUUGCCACUCAGGUUGCAAAAGUAGCGAAUCCUUCAAUGCCAGCACUCAAAAGUUUGGCGGGUGGGAGAAUGAGAUGGGAAAGUGGACAUUUAAGGUCCAAGUAGAAGCUUGCAUGCUUGCAUCCUUGAGGCUCAGGGAUGAGAGGGCACUGCAAGGCACCCAGCCUUACCCCACAAGCAGAAAUCCUGCCAGCUGAGCGUGGGUCCUAGUCUAGUUUAUAGAAUCGAGUCUCCCAGACAAGAAAGGAGAGGGGCUGGCGGUCCUUAUCCUGGCCCAUUUUAUUCCCUGGGCCCUUAACUGCCUCAUCCUGAGCUGGGUGCCAAGGUUAGAAGGCAAAAGUGGGGUGGGGGGAUCUGGGAAGCAGCAUUGUCCUCUGGGCCUGUGGCUCAGAGGUAUCACAGUGACAAGAGAGCCAGGGCUAGGACUGGAGGGGCCAGGUGAUCUUCCCUAGCCAAUCCCAGUCCAUCUGUGUCAGCCCAGCUCUGCCUCACAGCCUCCUUAGCACGGGUGCCCCAGAAAUAAGCAGCUCUUGGACCCACGAGCAGGGCUGCAUCGGGGCGUGGUCUAGCUCCCAGGCCAGGCCAGGCAGGGCUCAGUGUAGUCCCUGGGCCAGUGAGAGGCCUCCCCCAUGCCUCCCUGCCCUCUGCACUAAACACUUUCCCAGCAGGCCUGGCUGAGGGCAAGAGUAGGCCUUACAGCAGUGCCAUGGUGACCCAAGAGGCAGGGUUGGGGCCCCGACGGGUUCCCCCGCUGAGACUGAGACAAGCAAGGGCUUGAUGGUGGUGGUGGAGCCAGCAUCUCACCUGCCAGGCUUCCUUUUGGGCAGGGAGGCUACCUGUGGGAUGCUGAGCCUGGUUCUGCAAGGGAGGAAGGCUGCCAGGAGCUGGGGGGCUGGCACCUGCACUGAGGGGAGUCUGGGUGCAUCAGAUUGGGGGACACCAGAGGUGAGGCUGCCUGGCUUCCUUCCUCAGCAGCUUUGCUUGUGGCAGGGGCAAGAGUGGAGCUGAGUGGGGUCUGGGUUCUGCCCCUGCACCUCCACUGCAGUGCCUGGGCUCUGCUUGCAGGGCAGACAGUGCCUGGCACUGAGGGGUGCCCUCAGACUCCACUGGAACUGGAUAUGUCGUGGGCAGUGCCUUCCUCCAGCCCCACAACCUUUCUGCUGGGGCUGAUGUUUCUGGGGUCACAUGGUCAGGAGGGGCUGAGCUGGUCUUUCACCGCAGGCCCACACUGGAAGAGAAGUCGCAUGAAGCCUGUCCUUGCAGAGCCCCUCUGUUUUGGGGGGAACGGAGCAUGCAUGGGGUCUUGGGAGCAAAGGCCUGGGACUCCCUGUCUGAAUUUCAGCCCCAGUUCCAGGGCAAGUCCCAGCCAUCUGAGCAUAGUUACUGGUACUGCCCACCACCACCCACUGCCCACCUCUGAAAAGCCCGGCUCUCCUACUCUGCUUCCAGGCCGGGGCCUCACAGUUGGGGCUGUUACCUUCCUCAGGGCUUAGGGAGGGAGGGAGGGAGGACAUGGACAGGGCUCUCCACCCUGGCUCCUUCACAGGGAUGGUAGCUGACCGGUGAUGGGUUCAUUUGUCACCUUGGGACUGUGAGCCACCUCCAUUUCUCACCCCCCAGGCAGGAGCAGCCUUACUCCAAGGGCUUGGCCUGGAAAGGCAAACGCACCUGGGACUCCACGUUCCUUCCCCUGCUGCCACUGUGCCCCUGUCCCUCCACCCCAGAAGCCCUGACCUCUCAUUUGGGCACCUUGCUGUCCUCUGGGCUUCUCUGCCCAGGUCACCCAGUGGCAGGCCUGGGCCCUCAGGAUGUUUCAAAGGCCCCACAGCUCUGCCUGGCACCCUGUCCCUGGAGCACCUCUGUCCUGUCUGGGCCAACUUGGCCUCCCUGCCCCAUGCCCUCCCCUGGCUCUUACCAACCUGCCCUUUUAUUCAUGCCAUUUGGGGUCACAGAUGGUCUAGCUGGACACAGCUCCUAGAACUGGCCCCACCCUGGGGCCUUGCCCCUAGUACCCCUUGGCAGGAGCAACCCACCCCAUAGUCGAGGUUCCCCUACCCCUGGGUCCUGGGCUGAAGCCAUUUCCUACCCAGAAGCGUUCCCACCCACUCUCAGGCACAAAAGUCGGUCAGGGGCUCAGGGCCUGUACCUGGGGUUGCAGGGGCUCCUGCCCCGCUGUAUCCCACCGGGAGGGGGCCCCACUGCCCUUCCGGUCCUUAAAACGGCUGGGAGAGAAGAUGGGGAAGUGUGUGAGACAAAACAAAACUGGCUUGUUUCCUCCCCUUGGCAGGCAGGCUAAGCUCUCCUGGCAGCCCAGGCUCUGGGGUGGGAGAACAGUGUCAUCUCUUCCUUUGUUGACAAAUUGCCAAAGAGUGGGAGCAGGUAGGGUCAGGGGCUGGAGUGCAGGGGAGGGGGCAAGGGUGGAGGUGACUGGUGGGGGAAGCAGAGGGAGGUGGGCUGAGGCCAGGGUGGGGCCAGUGUGAUGCUGGCUUAAGGAGCUGGAGGGUUCCUAAUACACAUUGCAUUCAGUUUAUCUUCCUAAGAGGCUGUUGGAGUUGGGGCCUCCUCCAGCAGGGACCCUCUGACCCCUGCAGGGCCUGGACUUGGAGUGAACAGGGCUUCAGGCAGCCCAAGUAUUCUAUUUGCAUUUGGUAAUUUUUCAUGUCACCUAUUUAUGAACAUAUAAAUCUUUAUACCAAAUCUAUUUUUUAAAACAUGGAAAAGUUGCCUUUAUGGAAACUUGGCAGAGCCAGUGUACACAUUCCUAAACCAUUAAACAGAUUUCUAUAACAAGCCACUG